ACGCAAUCUGUUUGGCAAGUUUUAUGCGUUUGCCCUUUUGAACCAAAACAAAUUUGUGCUCCUACACAAAAGUGCCGAUGCCGGCUGACUGAUGCAUCUGGUGGUAUUGUUGAUGAUGUGGGUACCAGCUUCUUCAGCGGUAUUCGAGAGCUACCCGUCACCAGUUCAACCCACUCCACCAUUCAAACACGGUGCUCGAUGCUACUCGUGUAUGUCACGAUUAUAUGAAGCCGUUUGGCCUUCGCUUGCACAUAUCUACAAGAAGCCCAAGAAUUUUACAGAUGACUGCAACGAUGACAGACUUACUCAAGGAAAUGUGCCGCUUGUCCACUGCGAUACAAUAUGUGUUUCCAUGUAUGAAGAACCAAAUAUUGCAGGAGUCAGAAUCGGUGGGCACAUUCGUGGAUGUAUGAAGGAUGUGCUUAUCAAAGGUUUUAACGAAACCAUUGUGGGAUGGUAUCGAUGGAUGCAAAGGGAUUCAUGUAGACCAUACCGGAAAAAAGAGCUCUUCAAGCUAGGCGGCGAUCAAGUUGACGAAUCCACUAUCGACGUAUGCACUUGUUAUGCAGAUUACUGUAAUGGAAACAAUGCCACUGCAGUGUUCACUUGGUUCUCUUCAAUAGUGUUACUCACCUUAACACUGCUCCUCUUUUAAAUAUGUCUUUUUAUCAACUUUCUGAUUCAAUUUUUCACAGCUUAUUGUGAUACUGAUGCUGACUCAUUCCACACCAUCUCCAUGUCAACGUUGCAAGC